ACUGCCGGGUGGGCGCGCGGGCCCAGCUGACCGCGGCUCCGGCAUGUCGGCUCCGGACUCCAGCAGCGGCCCUGCAGGGCAGCCGGCCCCGUAUCCCACUGCCCCUCCGAUGAUGCCUCCACCCUUUAUGCCUCCUCCUGGAAUCCCCCCUCCUUUCCCGCCCCUGGGACUCCCUCCUAUCGGGCAGAGACCGCCAGCGAUGCCCCCCAUGCCCCCCGGCAUGAUGCCGCCUCUGCUCCCACCCAUGGCAGGGCCCCCACCCAUAGGACAGAUGCCACCCAUGGUGCCUCCCAUGAUGCCAGGGAUGCUGAUGCCGGGGGUGCCAGCUGGUCCUGUUCCUGGAGUGGCGGCUCCUGGGACAGACCCAAUUGGCGCUACUCCAGCCCAGCCAGCUCCCACGCUCCCGAAUCCCAUGGUGCCCCCCAUCCAGCAGAGCCUGAUGGGCAGCGGCUCCCCCGCGCAGGAUGUCCCCCGCAAGAAGCCCCCAUGGAGUGAGCACAGGGCCCCUGACGGGCGCGUUUACUACUACAACUGCCACUCCAAGCAGUCCACCUGGGAGAAGCCAGACGCGCUGAAGUCCAAGGCAGAGCUGCUGCUGUCCCAGUGUCCCUGGAGGGAGUACAAGUCGGACACGGGCAAGUCUUACUACUACAACUCCCAGAGCAAGGAGUCGCGCUGGACCAAGCCCCGGGACCUGGACGAGCUGGAGGCGCUCAUCGAGGAGGAGGAGGCUGGGAAACAUCAGGAGACGCCGUCAGGCGCCUCUAGCCCCAGCCUGUCCUCAGCCGCCACGACGGACACGGAGGCCCCGGGUGGGGAGGAGCAGGAGACGUCUGUGCUGGGGAGUGUGGCCGAAGGCCCAGAGGAAGUGGCCCUGCAGCAGGAGGAAGUGACCAGCAGUGGUGACCCCGGCCGGCGGGAGGAGGAGGACGGGGGGGCCGGGGAGAGGUGCGCCUGCAGCUGGAGCACUAAGGAUGAGGCCAAGCUGGCCUUUAAGGAGCUGCUGAAGGACAAGGGCGUCCCCUCCAACACGUCGUGGGAGCUGGCCAUGAAGAUGAUUGUGGACGAUCCACGGUACAGUGCCCUGCCCAAGCUGAGCGAGAAGAAGCAGGCCUUCAAUGCCUACAAGGCCCAGCGGGAGAAGGAGGAGAAGGAGGAGGCUCGGCUGAGGGCCAAGGAGGCCAAGGAGGAGCUGCAGCGUUUCCUGGAGCAGCACGAGCGGAUGAGCUCCAUUACCCGCUACAGGAAAGCUGAGCAGAUGUUCGGGGAGCAGGAGGUUUGGGCUGUGGUCCCUGAGCGCGACCGCAAGGAGAUCUACGAUGACGUGCUCUUCUUCCUGGCCAAGAAGGAGAAGGAACACGCCAAGCAGCUGCGCAAGCGGAACGUCCAGGCCCUGAAGAACAUCCUGGACAGCAUGAGCAACGUCAGCUUCCAGACCACCUGGUCCGAGGCCCAGCAGUACCUGAUGGACAACCCCACCUUCGCCGAGGACCAGGACCUGCAGAGUGAGGGCAGCCCCGUGCCUCCCCCCGCCCCAGACAUGGACAAGGAGGAUGCCCUGAUCUGCUUCGAGGAGCACAUCCGCACGCUGGAGAAGGAGGAGGAGGAGGAAAAGGAGAAGACGAGGCUGCGUGAGAGACGCCAGCAGCGUAAGAACAGAGAAGCCUUCCAGAAUAACAGGCUGCUUCUUGCCCAGGCCUUUCUGGAUGAGCUGCACGACAAGGGGCAGCUGCACUCCAUGUCCACCUGGAUGGAGCUGUACCCGGCGCUCAGCGCCGACACCCGCUUCGCCAACAUGCUGGGCCAGCCCGGCUCCACCCCCCUGGACUUGUUUAAAUUCUACGUGGAGGAUCUCAAGGCUCGUUUCCAUGACGAGAAGAAGAUCAUCAAGGACAUCUUAAAGGAUCGCGGCUUCGGCGUGGAGGUGAACACGACCUUCGAGGACUUCGCCCACGUGAUCAGCUUUGACAAGAGGGCAGCCACGCUGGACGCAGGCAACAUCAAGCUCACCUUUAACAGCCUGCUGGAGAAGGCUGAGGCGCGGGAGCGGGAGCGGGAGAAGGAGGAAGUGCGCAAGCUGCGCCGCCGGGAAGCAGCCUUCAAGAGCAUGCUGAAGCAGGCGGCCCCGCCCCUGGAGCCUGGCUCCUCCUGGGACGAGGUGCGGGAGCGUUUCGUCAGUGACCUGGCCUUCGAGCAGAUCACGCUGGAGUCAGAGCGGAUCCGGCUCUUCAGGGAGUUCCUCCAGGUGGUGGAGAACGAGUGCCAGCACUACCAUGCCAAGGCCAAGAAACACACCAAGAGAGGCAGGAAGCACCAUCGGAAGCGCUCGCAGUCGGGCUCAGAGUCGGAGCUGGAGCCCCAUCACCAGCGAGCCCAGAAGAGGAAGAAGCGGAAUCACUCGGAGUCCGGCUCGGAGCUCUCCUCCUCACCCGACUCAGAUCUCAGCUCCCGCAAGUCCAGAAAGCAGAAGAAGAAAAGCAAGAAGAAGAGGCACAAAUCGAACAGCCCCCAGAGCGAGAGCGAGCGAGGGAAGGAGAAAGGCGGGAAGGGGAAGGGGAAGGAGCCGGAGGGGCGACGGCGCUCCCCCCAGCGCAGCUUCAAAAGGGAGAAGAGCGUCUGGGACACGUCGGACAGCGAGCCGAGCGAGGGCGAGCUGGAGAAGCGGCGUCGGACGCUGCUGCAGCAGCUGGACAAUGAUCCGUAGCCAGGUCUGCGGGACUCGCUGAGCUGGGGCCCCCGGGGCCCCCGCCGCCCCCUGCCCAGCCUGGGGCGAGGCUCUGGACAGUUUGGGGCGGGCGAGGGGCUGCCGCUCUUCCCCAGGACUGGGGGCGUCUGAGAGAGCGGGGGGGCCCCGCUCCGCCCAGGACUCCUUCCCCCCGUCCCUGUGGAUCCCCCCGCGCCCGAGGACCCGGGGCUGCUGUGACCCCCUCCGCUUGGCCAGCCCCUCGGCGCUCAGAGGACCGGCCCCGGGACAGCUGCGCUUCGGAGGGCGGGGCCCUGGGCUGCGGAGGGGGAAUGCGGCUCGGAGCUGGCUCUCGCGCGUCGGCCGGGGUUCCAUGGAUGCCCCUGGCGCCGAGGAUGGUGGGCGCCCGGGACUCCCCACGGGGGCGCGUGCUGCUGUGUGGCCGGGACCCCGGGCCAGCAGCCGGUUCAGUGGUGUUGCUGGGGGGCGUAGCCCCUUUGGGCCGCUCGUACUCUGGGAAUUAAAGGGUUUUUUAAAUAAUA